GUCAUAGUGAGCAGACUCUCCUCUUCCCUUUCUUCCAGAGGAGCAUGUUAACUAUAAUGCAGAACUAUUGAUCACCUUCAUUCUGUGAGCUGUGAUUUCCAGAUGGGAAUGCCAUAGGCACAGAGAACAGUUUGAAGAGGACAGGAUGUGCUGAACGGCAAUGUUUUGUCUGAGCGUGUGUCCAGAUUUCAGACAAGGGUCUGAAGCACUGCCAGCUGCACAGACUUCUGCUCCCUUGUUCCCCGGCUGUUCCCAGACUUGCAGGUAGCCUGACUUGGGACCUCAUGCUGAUGAAAAUGGCAAGUUCCCUAGACUUCCCUCUGCUUGACCUCCUUGUCUGCCUCAUCUUGGUCCAGCUGCUUACCCCUUGCUCAGGUCAGUUUUCUGUGAUUGGACCCCAUGGGCCCAUCCUGGCCAUGGUGGGUGAAGACGCUGAUCUGCCUUGUCAUCUCUCCCCGAGAAUGAGUGCAGAGACCAUGGAGCUGAAGUGGGUGAGAUCCAGCCUUACGGAGGUGGUAUAUGAGUAUGUAAAUGGGAAGGAAAUAGAAGAAAAACAGAUGGCAGAGUAUCGAGGGAGAACUUCAAUUUUAAGAGAUGGCAUCACUGAAGGGAAGGCUACUCUCCGAAUUUACAACAUCAGACCCUCUGACACUGGAAACUACCUGUGUUAUUUCCAAGAUGACGACUUCUAUGAAAAAGCCAUGGUGGAGCUGGAGGUUGCAGCACUGGGUUCUGAUCUUGAUAUUGAGAUGAAGGGUUAUGAGGAUGGAGGGAUCCAUCUGGAGUGCAUGUCCACCGACUGGUAUCCCCAACUGGAAAUACAGUGGAGAGAUGUCAAUGGAGAGGACAUGCCAGCUCGGGCAGCAUCUUUGCAUGAAAAUAGAGCAGGUCUGUAUGCAGUCACAGCAUCUGUGAUCCUGAAUGGCAGCUCUAGGGAAGGGGUGACCUGUAUCAUCAGAAAUCCCCUCCUCAACCAGGAAAAGACCACCAGGAUUUCCAUCGCAGACCCCUUCUUCUGGAGAGCCUGGCCCUGGAUCUCCACACUGGCGGGGACCCUCCCAGUCUUGCUGUUGCUUCUCACAGUGGCCUGUUACUUCGUCUGGCAACAGCAUAAGGAGAAAGAGAAAGAGCAAGCAGAAAAGGAGCAGGAACGAAGGGCAAGAGAGUACCUCCAGCUUGUACUGCGUGGAGAGAAGUCUCAGGACUAUGCUGAAUGGAAGAUGGCCCUCUUCCAAGCUGAGGAUGUGAUUCUUGAUCCAGACACAGCAAACCCCCGACUCCUUGUUUCUGAGGACCAGAGGAGCCUGAAGCUGGCAGUUCCACCACAGAAUGUACCAGACAAUCCUAAGAGAUUUGAUUACUUUAACUUUGUGCUUGGAUGCAAAAGCUUCACAUCAGGGAGACAUUUCUGGGAGGUGGAGGUGGGGGGCAGGAAACAGUGGCUUCUGGGGGUGUGUAGGGAGAAUGUGGAGAGGAAAUAUCAUGUUUCUAUAAACCCCCGGAAUGGAUUCUGGACUAUGGAGCUGUCUCAUGGGAAUGACUAUCAUGCUUUCUCUGGCCCUCGGACCAACCUGACAAUUGCCAACCCUCCUCAAAGAGUGGGGGUAUUCCUGGACUAUGAGAGUGGUGAGGUCUCAUUCUACAAUGCCCUGGAUGGAUCUCACAUCUACACCUUCCUGCGCGCCACAUUCUCUGGCCCUCUGCGGCCUAUUUUUGAAGUUUGUACUUUUGAUCCCACUGCUUUAACAAUUUGCCCAGCACUCACAUGAGUGCAGAGUUCCCUGGUUACUGAACUAGUGUCUGAUCUUUCCCUGGAGACCCCAGUGACCCCAGUCUCUGCUGGUGGGAAUGGGGACCCUCAGGUUGAAGUAACAGCCUUGUUUCCCCUGCCCAGCCCAGAGCUGAGGGCCUCCUCCUUAACAGCAACACAUCACAACAAUAAAAUACUUGCUAAAUGCC